ACGGGUUUGGAACAACACGGGGGGUAAUUGAAUAAUGACAAAAUUUUCAUUUUGGUAUGGAGUAUUCCUUUAAGCUUGUUACUGUGAACACAAGAAAUACAGUAAGUUAAAUCCUUUUGGAGAUCAGUUUCAUUAGAAUUUGCAAAAAAAAUGUAUGGUGUAAUAAUAUGAAACAUUUUAUCACACCAGAAAGUUCCCAUUGUGUCCAAAUUAUGUUCAUCUGCUAUACUUCCUAUGUUCAGAUGAACCAAUAACUAUGCAACUGAUUUAGUGUGUGACUUUCCAUCAGCGGCUGCCUAUGUUGACCCAGGGUAAUAAUUCUAUAAUUAGAUUAAAUCAAUGGGAUAUGUGACCUAGUAAAGGCUAAUCAGAGAUGAAUGAAUAAAAAGCAGAAAGGACGUGUUAAAUGUGACAAUCCUGUUAUUAGAAUGUGACUCUACAGACUAAUCACUUAAGUGCUAAUUGUUCCUUUGAGUCAAGCAUCUUAUUACUCUGCCACGAGUUACAUUUGAACACGUCAGAACAUGUAAUGAAUUUAAGACCAUGGCAGAUGAUUUAUUGUCAGUUCUCUCCUUAUUAAGUAUAUACUGUAAUUUCUCCUCCUCUAACAGAUACAUUGCAGAACAUAUGGUUGCCGGGCUUAACAUGCAGGGAUGAAUGUGUCACAGAAGUCUUCCUGAACUCAAGAUUCAUCAGUCAUUUUGAUGACAUGGUUGUUCAGAUGCCUGGUGACAUAGUCAAGCAUGAACAGCAGAGGGCUGACCACCGAGCCAUGGGGAACACCUGUAUCUGAUCUGAGACACUACAAGUUUUAAUGGUGGAUUCUAACUGUUGACUAGUUAGUCAAUAGUUCAAAGAUCCAAAGCAUAUGUGUCUUGAAAAGGAGUGGUUUCAUUCAACUAAAAAACACAGCAAGAGUAAUAGUUUAGGAGUUAAUCUGAUCAUCAUACUUUAACAUUACGCUUGAUAUAACUGAAACUCGGCAAUAAGCAAAAUUUUUGCUCACUUUUGCGCAUUUUUAAUGUUUUCACAUCAAGAAGUGAGGUAUAACUUCAUGCUUUUCCAUUACCACCAAUGCAUGAAGUCAAAGUCAAAGAAGUACACUCUUAAAAAAAGGUUCUUUAUUGGAAUCAGUGGUUCCAUGAAGAACCUUCAACAUCCGUGGAACCUUUCCAUUCCACAAAAGGUUAUUUAGUGAAAAAGGGUUCUUUGGAUUAUUAAAAUGUUCUUCACAAUAAGAAAACUUUUUUUUAAGAACUGUCCACUGAAAGGUUGUUUGGGAACCCAAAAUGCUUCUUCUAUGGUAUCGCUGUUUCAGAAACUUUUUUUUUGAAGAGUAAAAUUUUAGUAAGCUCUACAAUGAACAGUCAUGUGUUAAUUCACGGCUGCCAUUCACCUGUCUGAUGUUAUGCCAGAUCACGGGCCGUUAAUGACGCACAUCCCUGUUACUGGACAAUAUAAUGACCAGUUCACUGACCUAAUCAGGUCACAUCAUUAUCAUUUAGAUGGUUAAGGCUCCUUGAUUGUAGCUAACAGGUAAUAAUGUGAUAAAAUCACGCAGCAAAGAGGUAUAAAAGUGUCUCCUUACAGUGUAAAAAUGAACACUGCUGCUUAAAAGCUAAAUCGCUUCACUAGCUCCGAAUUUCAGCCUUGGUAAAAUAUGUCUGGAAGUUUGCUCUCAGUGGUCGGUCUGCUGUGUCUGCUGUCCAUUUGCUCGGCCUGUUACAUCUCUAACUGCCCCAUCGGCGGCAAACGAGCCGUACAGGAUUGGCAGUCUCGACAGUGUUUGUCAUGUGGUCCCGGCGAUCAUGGUCAGUGUUUUGGUCCCAGUAUCUGCUGUGGUGAAGGUAUCGGCUGCUUGGUUGGCUCUCCAGAAACACUCCGCUGUCUGGAGGAAGAUUUUCUUCCUUCUCCAUGUGAAGUGUCUGGAAAAGCAUGCGGUUAUGAAGGACACUGCGCUGCUCCUGGGGUCUGCUGUGACUCAGAGGGCUGCAGUAUGGAUCAGUCGUGUGCGGAUGGAGACGCUGACGGUCCAGCCGAUACUCAACCUGCCAGUAGCCAAGAUCUUCUGCUGAAGCUGCUGCACCUGUCAAGCCACGCCCACCCCCUAAGACUCCACCAAUGAAAUGCUCACAGAAGAGUGACAUCAUCUCAGGAGGAGCCGCCCACCAACCACAAUGAUUCCUCACCCAGUUUUUGUAAACCAACUUUGUAUAGCGGCUAGGUAUUUGUAUGGCUAAUACAUAGAAGCGGAUAUUAGUAGUGCUGUAUUGAUGAUAGCUUGACUGUUUGUGCAGCUAUUAAACUCUGAAAGAAUU